UUUUCUUUUUUCUCUCCAUUUUCUUAUGUCGUACGAAUUUUCUCGUCUUCUGUUGGAAUUUUUUUUUCUUGGCUGGAAAUAUUCUGGGAGAUCUUCUUUUUUAUUUUCCGUUUCUCUCUCCUACUUUUUUUUUUUGUUGUUCUCCUUCUCCACUCGGCGUCUUGCGAACUACGCAAGUUUCUUCUUAGUUACCACUACUACUAUCUCGUUACCUUUUUUUGACAUUUGAUCGAAAAGCUUUUUCUCGAGAUUAACGCUCUCCUUUUUUUUUUCAUUUUAUACCAAAGUUGCAAUGUUGUAUUUCGUCAAACGCAAACUACAGUUUUCUGGUAGGUGGAUUUGUUCGAAAUGGGAAGAUUAUUUGUGAUCGACCUCGAAGGACUGGUUUAUAGCUGCAAGCAUUGUCAAACACAUUUCGCAGUUACUAAUGAUCUUAUCUCAAAGUCAUUUCACUGCAAGCACGGAAGGGCUUAUCUUUUCGACAAUGUUGUCAAUGUGACGGUUGGAGAGAAGGAGCAUCGCGCCAUGAUGACUGGUUGGCACACUGUUGCUGACAUCUUCUGUGUUAGCUGUGGCUCUCUUGUCGGCUGGAAAUAUGAAAUUGCAUACGAGAAGUCUCAGAAGUACAAGGAAGGAAAAUUCAUCAUAGAAAGGUUUAAGGUGCUUGGACCUGAUGGGGGAGGAUACGACGUGGACCAGGACGAGCCUAUGAUUGGAAGCGACGAAGAAUAAGAAAAUGGAUUCUCUUAUAUUUUGCUGCCCCAUGGGGAAUACUUGGCAAGUGGUCAAUCCCUUCUUAUAGACUAUCGGUGACCGGCAAACUCGCUGGGAAAAAGAAUCUGACAUUUUUUCGGGUAAGCGUACAAAAGAAACCAAAUCUUCAUAUAUGAAAACCAAUAUAGUUUUUAUAAAAAAAAAAAAUAAAAAAAAAAAAACCUGGUGUUAUAAUGCAUAUCAAGUUUCUAAUCGUUUUUUGAAAAAUUGUUUUGUGCGAUUAGAAUCCAACCAUUCAUUGAUAUGUCUAACGACACAUACAUUAGUGAAUGAAAUAAUUUCUCCAAAUUAAA